AUGGUUUCUUACAUUAGAGCUCCAGCUUACAAGACAGUUAAAACCUUUGCUGGUUUAAACUUGCCACUUAUUAAGCAAUACACACCUAACUUGAUCCUUUGGGGAGGUGCUGCUGCUGCAGGUGUUGCCACUUUCACAGAAGGUAUCCCAUUAUUCAAGGAUACUUUCUACUCUAAAAUUCCAUACUUUGGUCAACACUGGAUUUACAAUCCAGAUCCAGAAGAAGUUCCUGUCUAA